UGUCUUGUUGCAGAUAAAGGAAGGAGACAAUCGGAGGAAGCUACCCAUAAUUAGUACAACCCACCGUAUCUACUGGGUUGCAACUUGCAAGACUGUUCGUUCAUUCAGCUAAACGAUGAAAGUCACACCUGCUAAUGCUAACCCACUCCGAAAACUGCACGUGCUGACUCUAUUUAGCCACACGUGCCUCCUUCGCCCUCUAACAACUACUACAACUAUCCCACCCAAAUUGUUUAAUUAUAAAUUCAAAACGCAUGCAACACGAGUGACCAGAGCUGCACUCUCGCAUUAUCGCGAAAUCGAAACGAAAAUGGAAGAAAAUGGCGCCAUUGAUGAACAGAGCAAAUUCCGAUCAGAGUUUCUUCAAAUCCUCCGUAGCAGACGACCUCCUCAAGUUCCUUUAACCGUCCAAGUCGCAAAACCAGUGGUGCAUAACUCUCCUCCAUCAACCGAUGAGGAGAUUAUGAAAUCAUGUCCAAAGAAAGAUAUUCCGAACUUCAAUGAUUUGCUAAAGCAGGAGAAUCUCUACUUAACAAUAGAGGAAGGAGAUCAAGGACGGUUGCCUGUGUUGAUUUUGAGCUUGAAGGAAAGCGAUAAGCAGACAAGAAGACCUGCAGUUGUUUUCCUUCACAGUACAAACAAGUAUAAAGAAUAUCUGCGUCCGUUGCUUGAGGCAUAUGCUUCGCGAGGAUAUAUAACAAUUUCGGUUGAUUCUCGUUACCAUGGUGAACGUGCAAAGAACGCAACCACCUAUCGCGAUGCUCUUAUAUCCGCAUGGAAAACCGGAGACACAAUGCCAUUCAUAUAUGACACGGUAUGGGACUUGAUUAAAUUGGCAGAUUAUCUAACAGAGAGAGAAGAUAUAGACCCCUCUAGGAUAGGAAUUACUGGAAUAUCACUUGGAGGAAUGCAUGCAUGGUUUGCUGCAGCUGUUGAUACUCGCUAUGCUGUGGUUGCUCCUCUGAUUGGUGUUCAGGGAUUUCGAUGGGCCAUAGACAACGAUAAGUGGCAGGCUCGAGUUGACAGUAUUAAGCCAGUUUUUGAAGUGGCUCGUGAUGAUUUGGGCAAAAGUGCUAUUGACAAAGAGGUGGUGGAGAAGGUGUGGGACAGGAUUGCUCCUGGUUUAGCUUCCCAAUUUGAUUCCCCGUACUCAAUUCCAUCAAUUGCACCACGUCCUCUGCUUAUUCUCAAUGGUGCGGAAGAUCCUAGGUGUCCUCUUGCCGGAUUGGAGAUUCCAAGGGCAAAAGCAAGCCAGGCACACAAAAACUUUGACCGUGUAGAUAAUUUCCAGUUUAUUGCAGAACCUGGAAUUGAGCACCAAAUAACGAAAUUCAUGGUGAAAGAGUCAUCUGAUUGGUUUGACAAGUUUCUAAAGCCUCAACUUAUGCCCGGAUUGUAAACUUAUAAACGAACUCACUCUGGAUCAUUCCAGUUGUCUUUGUAUCAUUGUAUGUGUGUCGUUUUAUGAUUUUCUGUUUAAUGUAUCCUCUAGUCCAUGUUAUUAUCGCAAUAAAAUGUAGAACCAUAGUUCUAUGUGUGUCUAAAUUAUGGUCAAGGGACAUGAUUCCUAUCUGUUAUGUAUGCACGCACGCCUUUAGAGUGUGAUUGGUUAAAGGAACUACUGAGACUGUAACAAGAGAUAUGCGCAGAAGCAAAGUAGCAAGAGAUAUUAGCACUUCUGUCUUUUCUUUUUUUAGGUGAA